AUGGGAUUAUUAGUAUUACCAGUUGAUAGGAAACGUGUGAGUCUACCAAUUUAUAAACCAUCAGAUCAUACACCUCCAGUAUAUAAAGAUCCAUGUUCGGGCAGAUUAAUACCAACGGCUUAUUUCCUCAAGAAUUUGGAUGAGCUCGGCCCACAACAUUGGCAGAGUAAUUUAACUUCUGAUUUCUUAUUAAGAGUUAUCAGCACAUCUGAAAUCGAUUUGUACUGCAAUUAUUUCAAUAGAAGUAAUAACAACAAUAAUGGAAACAAUGCAAUUAUCAAUUGUAGUGACUUGAAUAUUAAUGCUUUACAAGCUGCCAAGAUUACAAAUUAUUUUAAUGUCAUGCUAUAUAAUUAUCAACACAAUAUCAUUGACAGUUCAUCAUCUUUAUUAUCACCACCAAUUACACCAAUGGAUGAUUCAUUUCCAUUAUCUUCCUCCUCUUCAUCAUCAUCACAACAACAACAACGGCAACAACAAUCAUCAAGAUAUUUUUGGUCACAUACUUUAGUAUUAGCAUUACAAAGUGGAUUCUUUAAUCAAUUACUAGGCCCGCUUAAUACGAUAGGCGAGAGACAAAAAUUACCAAAUAUUCUGACUGUACCGAUACCAUAUCCAGACGAGUUCGAACCUAUAAUACAUUGGCUAUAUCACCAUGAUGAUGAUGCUUGGCUGGACCUAAUCACAAUUGAUAACUUUCACAAAUUUUACGCAAAUAUAAAAUUUUUGAAAUUAGGUAAAGAAGCUUACGAUGUGUUGGAUACAUUUAUUGAGGAGGCUGAAGAAAUUGGUUUAGAUAUAUCAACUAAUGUUAAUACUGAAAACAUUUUAGAACUUUAUUAA